CAUCAGUAGACUUGUGUUGCCUUCAAAGCACAAAAUUAUUCCAGGGAGCCACAGCAGGGGACCACAGGACGAUGGAAACAGAAGGACACAGUCGUUACGCUAACAACGAUGUUCAAUGCUAAUAAUUAACAAAUUCAUGCCAAUGCUGACUCCUGACAGCGCCCUCUACAGACGCCACGGUACAGUCAGCUGCCGACCUCGCGACGGCUCGAGAUGGGCUGCUCCUCGGGCCACCUCCCCUUCCAGCCCCCGGCGCCCGCGCCCGCGCCCCCUCCCGCGCCCUCCGACCAGGAGGGGGCGCUCCAGGACGGCGGGCCCAGGGCCCCCGAGGCCCUGUCCACCGUGGAGCGGCUGGCGCAGGCCACGGGCGGCACGGAGAAGUCCUGGUACCGUUGCGUCUUCCCCUUCGGCCUGAUCUCGCUGGUGAUCGGCGUGGCCGGCACCGGCGUCACCUUCAGCUUCAACACCGUGCGGCAGACCAAGGUGGUGUCCGUGGUGCUGCUGGGCCUCGGGCUGGCCAUGGUGCUGCUGGCCGCCGCCUGCUGGAGGAUCCACCGGGUGAAGAGGAGGAAGAGGAAGGAGGGAGGCUCCUUCAGCUCCGAGCAGUGCGCCCUGUGAGGAUGAGGAUGGGGAUGGGGGGGGCGGGAGACGGAUGAAGAUGGACGGAGAGGGAUGGGGAGGAAGAAGCGGAGCACUGGUGGACUGAGAAAGUGCCCUGACUCUGAACUCUGGGACUGGACCCUAAGAGAGGGAGGAGGAUAUAUCGCUGUCACACGCACACUGCAAUCACACACGCACACACACAGCAUAAUCACACAUACACAGGCACACA